CUGCACAUCCCUUCCAUCACGCCACCUACUCCCCCAUCUUAUCUCUUAUUACCUACGAAGUAUAUGUCAAAUAUCACCACCACCUCACAGCUCUUGCAGGCACCUUCUCUCUCAUCUCCCACCAACCUUCCAUCCUCACUUAAUUUGUUCUACGAUUGUAGCUCCGGCGAUGAUAUUCUUUGCCCAUUUCAGGCCAAUUUUUCUCCAUCUAAUUUCUCUUCCGUCAAUCGGCGAACUCUGGUAAUUGUAUUGAAUAUGAGAGAUUUGUAUUCUUCUUCUCCUCUUUCUUUCUUUCUUUCUUUCUGUUUUUUUCUUCUUCCCUUCCAUAAUCCUCGUCCACCUCUAUUUUCUUCUCACUUUGAACUUUUUCUCAUUUUCUUCUAAUUUUUUUAUUUAAUUGUGAGAUUCCAAAUAAAUAAAAAAUCUAUUUUGAAUCUGAAACUUUUGGGCUGUUAUACCGCUUAUACGUUAACUGCCGGUGGUAUAUAAAUAUUUGUGUUGAUUUUUUUUUGUUAUUUUCGAUAAAUUUCUUACAACUUUUCAAACUAAUAAUUUAAAUCUAAAAAUGCUACAGACAACACUAUUUUGGAACUACAGUUGUAAAGUCAUACUCGUAUGAUUUUUAAUUUUAAUUUAUUCUCUAUUCUUUUGUUGGAAGAAAGUAGUUGAUGAGUAUUAUAUUUGGGUGAUUGUGUGUGGAAGAGAGAAUUUUAGAGAGAGGUGAUUUUAGAAGAACUUGGAACUUGUAUUGAUUUGGAGCUUUUGGCUUGCUUUACAAAUGAGUGAGGAGUGCUCUAUUUAUAGGUCUCAUAGGAUCCUUCUAGGUACUCCUACUUCCUUAACCUUCUAGAAUAUUCUAUAGGAUUCUAGCUUAGGAAUAAUCUAGAAUUAUUUAGGUACAUUAACUACUCUAGAUCUUUCUAAGUCUAUCUUAUGGGCUAGCUAAUUUAUUAAUUAUCAUACAACUUCUAGCCCAAUAAGUUAACAUCUAAUGGACCCAAUUAUUGGGCUAAGCCAAGUUUAAUUUCUAACAUCCUCUCUUAAACUUGACUUAGCCCAUUGAUCAACUUAUGGGCUCACUACAAGUCCAUGAAGAAAGAGUUGUGAGAAAUAAAUCUGAUGAAUCAUUGGAGCAUUCUCUUUACUCCAAACUCUCUUUUAAAGAAAGAGGGGAGAAUAGAGGUGAAGAAAGAGACCAACGAGGUCGUGGUUAUGAUCGAGGACGUGGUGCACGUGGAAGAGGUGGUCGAGGUCGUGGUUAUACAAACUUCAACAAUGAAGAAAGAAUUCAAUAUACACAAGCAUCUAGAGGCCGUGGGAGAGGAAGCAAACCACAAAGGUACGAGAAGUCUCAACUAAAGUGUUAUAAUUGCAAUAAAUAUGGCCACUAUGCAUAUGAAUGCAAGCGCUCUAAUCAUGUGAAAGAAGAGGCCCAUCUCAUGGAGAUGAAUAAUGAGGUAGAACUUACCUUGUUGAUGGCAAAUCAUGAAGAACAAACAAAGAAGAGCACGUGGUAUUUAGAUACCGGAGCUAGCAACCACAUGACGGGAGAUAAAAGCAUGUUCGUGAAGGUAGAACAAACUCAAGGUCAUGUUACUUUUGGAGAUGAGUCUAAAGUCGUGGUGAAUGGAAAAGGUAACGUUCUAAUCCGUCUAAACGAUGGAAGUCACCAAUUCAUUUCCGAUGUUUACUAUGUGCCCAACUUAAAAACAAAUAUUCUAAGUAUGGGACAACUCUUAGAAAAGGACUAUGAUAUUCACUUAAAGAAUCGUAGCCUUUCUCUACGAGACAAUAAUGGAAGACUAGUUGCUAAAGUGCCGAUGACUAGAAACCGAAUGUUCUUGCUUGACAUUCAAAGAGAUCAAGCCAUAUGCUUAAAAAGUUGCUUGAAAGACGAGUCAUGGAUUUGGCACUUAAGAUAUGGGCACUUAAACUUUGGUGGCUUGAAAAUGCUAUCAUCCAAAGGCAUGGUGAAAGGCUUGCCCUUCAUCAAUCAUCCUGAUCAGCUAUGCGAAGGUUGCCUAUUUGGGAAGCAAUCAAGGAAACCAUUCCCUAAAGAAGUUACCUCAAGAGCUAAGGAACCAUUGGAGUUAGUCCAUACCGACUUAUGUGGUCCUAUUACUCCAUGUUCACAUGGUAAAAGUAAGUACUUUCUCACUUUCAUCGAUGAUUACUCAAGAAAAACAUGGGUAUAUUUCCUUAAACAAAAAUCUGAGGCCUUUGAAGCAUUCAAGAAAUUUAAGGCUCUUAUUGAGAAAGAAAGUGGGUACAGUAUCAAAGCCAUGAGAUCAGAUCGGGGUGGGGAGUUCACAUCAAAGGAGUUUAAUCAAUUUUGUGAAGAUAAUGGCAUCCGCCGUCCCAUGACUGUCCCACGAACACCACAACAAAAUGGUGUUGCCGAAAGAAAGAAUAGGACGAUCCUCAACAUGGCUCGAAGCAUGCUAAAAACAAAGAAUAUGCCUAAAGAUUUUUGGGCUGAAGCUGUGGAUUGUGCUGUCUAUCUUCAAAAUCGCUGCCCCACGAAGAGUCUCGAUGGAAAAACUCCACAAGAAGCAUGGCAUGGAGGUAAACCUGGAGUCUCACACUUGAGAGUAUUUGGAUGCAUUGCAUAUGCGCAUGUACCCGAUCAGACUAGGUCAAAACUCGACGACAAGAGUGAGAAGUUUAUAUUCAUUGGAUAUGAUAAACACUCAAAAGGGUACAAACUCUACAAUCCGGAUUUGAAAAAGCUUAUAAUAAGUCGUGAUGUGGAGUUUGAUGAAGAAGGCUCAUGGGAUUGGAGCAUUGGUGACAAAGAAGAUUAUAGUCUCUUGCCUCCCAUGGAAUAUGAAGAAGAAGUUGAAGAAAAUCAUGAAAAUACAACUCCUCCACCAUCUCCCACUCAAGCUCAAGCUUCAUCACCAAGUUCGGAUGAAAGAGAAAUACCACGCAUGAGAAGCAUUGAAGAGCUUUACGAGGUAACACAAAAUUUGAACUCAAAUGAUGAACUUACACUCUUUUGUCUAUUUGGUGAUUGUGAGCCACUAAGUUUUCAAGAAGCCAUAAGAAACAAGAAAUGGAGAGAUGCAAUGGAUGACGAGAUCAAGUCAAUCGUGAAGAAUAAAACAUGGGAGCUUGCCACACUUCCACCAAAACAUAAAGCAAUUGGAGUGAAAUGGGUAUUUAAGAUCAAGAAAAAUGCAAAAGGAGAAGUUGAGAAGUACAAGGCAAGACUAGUGGCCAAAGGCUACGCCCAGAGACAUGGCAUUGAUUAUGAAGAAGUAUUUGCGCCCGUGGCUAGAUUAGAAACAAUAAGAUUGAUAAUUGCAUUCGCGGCUCACAACAAGUGGAAGAUACAUCAAAUGGAUGUCAAGUCUGCAUUCUUAAAUGGGUUCCUAGAAGAAGAAGUCUACAUUGAGCAACCCGAAGGUUACAAAGUCAAAGGGCAAGAAGGUAAAGUGUUGAGGCUAAGUAAGGCUCUUUAUGGGCUUAAACAAGCACCAAGAGCUUGGAAUAGUAGAAUUGAUCAAUACUUCCAAGCUAAUGGAUUCGUGAAAUGUCCGCAAGAACAUGCUCUAUAUAUCAAGAAAAAUCAUCAAGGAGACAUACUGCUCUGAUACCACUUUGUUGGAAGAAAGUAGUUGAUGAGUAUUAUAUUUGGGUGAUUGUGUGUGGAAGAGAGAAUUUUAGAGAGAGGUGAUUUUAGAAGAACUUGGAACUUGUAUUGAUUUGGAGCUUUUGGCUUGCUUUACAAAUGAGUGAGGAGUGCUCUAUUUAUAGGUCUCAUAGGAUCCUUCUAGGUACUCCUACUUCCUUAACCUUCUAGAAUAUUCUAUAGGAUUCUAGCUUAGGAAUAAUCUAGAAUUAUUUAGGUACAUUAACUACUCUAGAUCUUUCUAAGUCUAUCUUAUGGGCUAGCUAAUUUAUUAAUUAUCAUACAACUUCUAGCCCAAUAAGUUAACAUCUAAUGGACCCAAUUAUUGGGCUAAGCCAAGUUUAAUUUCUAACAUCUUUUACAUUUUUUAGUUUAAAAUACAAUUACUUUUAUCUGGUAAUAGUCUCAUAAUUUCACAUGAAAUUGCCAUAGUCUUUCUCUGAAAAGUGCCAUAUUUUACAUUUAUAAGUGUCAAGUUUUUUUAUUUGAAAAUGUCAUGUAAUGCCAUAUUAAUCAUAUCAUUGCCAUGUUUUUGUUAUUAAGUUCCAUUUUUCUACGUAAGUGCCAUUUACGUUUUAUACAUUAAUGCCAUACGAAGUAUUUCAUUGUUUUUAUAUAGAUGCAUGAUAAUAUCAUUAGCUAGGGAUAAGCCACUGCCUUCCCUACGCACAAGAGGACAUUAACCUCUAGAAUAGUCAUCAGUGAUGGCGCAAGAGACCGUAUAUGAUAGUCAAAGCGCCAAAUGAGGAAUCGCCGGAGGGCGGCGGCGAUAAAGGACAUGGCGGCGGCACCAGAGAAUGCGGCGGAGACUGACAACGACCGUUGCUGCUACAGAUGAGGUGGCCGGCAGUGGCACCGCUGGAGAUGAUGGCCGUCAACCACCAGAUCCGGUGUGGAUUGAUGUCCUUCACGCUUUGGGCUUGUGUUAAACUUUGUUUUAUUAUUAUGUUUAUAAUACUCCGUAAUACGAAGUAUUAACUAAUGAUAAAGAAAUUGACUUUUUCAUUAAGGGUAGUAAUGUCAGGUCACUUAUUUUAACUCCUACGGAACAUUGAUGUCCUAGUUUUGCACUUUUACAAUGAUUUACUCCUAGAUAGGGAAUUUACUCAUAGCGAAACAGAGAAAUCAGCCCAGAAGGAGAUGGAGAAGAAGAAGCUAUUAGCCAUUGCCCCUAUUGCAAAAACCUCUAGCCGGUAAAAAGCUCAGCAAGCGCACUUUCAAACUCGUCCGUCAAGCUGCGGAGAACAAAUGCUUGAAGAGAGGUGUAAAGGAGGUAGUCAAAAGCAUUCGUCGAGGCCACAAAGGAUUUUGUGUGAUUGCAGGGAACAUAUCUCCUAUUGAUGUGAUCACCCAUGUUCCUAUCCUAUGUGAAGAAGCUGAGAUCCCGUAUGUUUAUGUUCAAUCAAAAGAAGAUCUUGCAAAUGCAGGAGCUAUAAAAAGGCCAACUUGCUGUGUAUUAGUCUUGACCAAGCCUACCAAGGGAGAUAUGAAUCAAGAAGAUCAAGACAAGUUGAAAGAAGAGUAUGAUCAGGUUGUGUCUGAAGUUCGUGAAUUAGCAUCUUCGAUGCAUUAAAUUUUGUUUUUUAAAUUUCAUCGUACUCAAUAUUGUACUCUGCAAUAUUCGUCAGUAAUGGUUAAUUAUUAUCUUUAAAAAAGGUAUAUUAUUUACUCAAAAGGAAACCUGAAAUUUAGAUAUCCC